AUGGGAAAUAAUCUCACCAAGAUCUUGAAAGGCGCACUCUGGAUCCAGGCCGCACUUUUACUUGUGUUGACAUCGAUCUUGGCUGAUUCGGGUGCAUGGAUUGGAUCAAUCAUAGCAGGUGUAGGCUUCUUUCUCGUUGUGGCUGGCAUUGUUGCAGCGCAUAAAUGGCGCAUUGGUUAUCUUUACUGCUACGCAAUCCUGGUGGGGCUUUGGCAAAUACUGGCUUUAACGCACAUCCUGACCAUCUGUGGUGUUAUCGCAUUGCCCGCUUCGCUCGUGAACACUGCUGGCGUAGUUGGCCAGCGAGUUGCAAAUAGUUCAUCCAGUACCAUAAAGAUUCUGGCCCCUCUCCUCUAUGGACUUCAAUGGGUUGGCUGGUGUGCUUCAUUGGUCUGCUUGCUGUCAUUUCAUCUAAUCACCACGCCCGAGUCACCCAUGGAGCCCCAGGCCCAUGGUCUCAAGCAAUCGUGUUCCACUGAAUCUACUCCUAGUCGAUGCAGUGCCAGCAAUAACUCUAAGAUGAAUCAGCAUCUCUUCAGUUUUCGUCAGUCCAUCAUAUCUCCCGUCGGCGGAGCUUCUGGUGUGGGGACAGGACUUCUCGUCGAUCCGGAAGGGAGGUUACUCUGCAAUUUAACUAAUGCGUCCAAUUUAAUCUCAGAGCCUGGAUACAGUAUUGCAAGCCAUGGAGGGCCGCCAAUAAAAUAUAAGGAAGGAAGGGAACCUGCUAUGCACCGGUAUUCCUACGACGCUGAAUGGCCUGAGAUGUCAGAGAGAAUACGGUCUGAAGUUGAAAGGAGAGCCAAUACGGAUAGUAGCGCAGCUUACAUUUCCAAAGGUCAAAGGAUUUCUCAGGUUGUUAUCUCCUCCAGAGGCGAAGAGAAGCCCAGCCAAUAUAUAAUCCCUUCACAGACUGGAAAGCCUAAGCAGUCGCCUGCAGAGCAAUUCCCCUCCGAUAUCGCAAACCCAAGUCACUUGUCGAGCAAAGCGUCAACGAAUCCUUAUUUCAGCUAUUACUGCUAUGCCGACACCAGUAAGAGAAAAGGAAACUCGGCCUUUCAUGGUACUGGCAGUGACAGUGGUAGCAGCAGUGGGAGUGACAAAGAUAAUUACGUGUUCGAUUUUGCAUCAUCUGGAGAGCCACUUCCUGAGAUGAUCUUUAAACAGCCUCGGGAGCGUGUUCUCGCCCCAUCAAAGAGGAAACCCACAUCGGACUUUGUCCAACGUAUAGAGAAUCUAGGAUUAUCAGUAGAAGACAACACAGGGCCACAGUAUUGUUCUGUAAAGGGCCCCCCCAGUUUCGCAAGAAUAAGAGAGAUAGGUACGAAAGCGUCACUAGCCCUCUCAUCUGACUCAUCUUCAUCUGAGCUCUCGAAUACGUCCAGCACUGACAGUGAAGAAUUGGAAAUUAAUCGAAUUAUAGUGGAAUCGGCUCCAGGAACAAGCUUAGAGGAGGUAAUAGACCAUAAGAUGACAGUGACUCUUAGAGGAUACCCAUCGCAGGGGCAGCCCAAUAUGUCAGAUUCCUCGCCAUCACUCUCCUCAUUAUCUUCAGGAUCUUUGUACUUCAAACACGGCCUUGACGCAAUAUCCCAGCGCCAUGCCUACCUAGUUCCUCAUACAUCUCUUUCAGACGAUUUAGCGGACACAUAUACAUCAGAGGAUGAAUCUUCGCUCGCGACUCCCUCUUUCACAACAAUGGCAUUACCGUUAUCAUUCACUUCACCAUCACCAUCACCAUCACCAUCACCAUCACCAUCACCAUCACCAAAAACACCCAUGAUGCAGCCAUUAUCAUUAUCACAAGGACAGACAUGGCGGCCACAUUCAGUGCCAGCACCUCCCACUACAUCAGCAUUGCCUUUUCUUUCAUCCAUUUUGACAAGCACAUCGGCCUCGUUAGCCGCAGCCAUAUCCACUCCAGCCUCUAGACCUAUAUCCAGCACUGUCUCAUCGCCGCUCCAGUACUGGCGGAACCGAACCUCGCCAUCAUCGACGUCGUCUCAAAGAGGAACUGAUUCCCCAAUCUCGCUAGCAUCAUCCUUUUCGCAUAGCCGUCUUAGCAAGAAGUUUUCUAAAAAAAAGAAAUUUAUCGUCCCUACAAUCGUCAUUCAUCCAGACGAAGAAGAUGGUGGACCCCCACAAGAGCUGACACAAAAAGACAUUGACUACCUCACAAUGGCUCCUCCUCCACCGCUACGGCUUUUGGUACAGCCUCGAGAUAGCUUUGUUGAAGAGUACGAUUAUAAAAAUGAAGUAAAGGAGGACAUGGUUCAUUGCUCCGAAACACCCUGGUACGGCAAGUAUGAGCCAGUGUAUGACCAGCAGUAUCAGCCCCAACCAGGACAGGUGCAGGAACAGGCGCAGGAACAGGGGCAAGGACAGGAACAGGGACUAGAAACUCAAUAUCGGUACCAUCAUAUCCAUCACCAUUCAUGUUGCAAUAAUGUCCUUGAAGGCAAUAGAGAUUAUAGUCAUGGCGAGGUAGGGACUCAAGAGACGCGUUUCUUUGAAGAAUGUGGUUUAGGGUCCGAGAACGCCUUUAACCCGUUCAUACUGGACAUACCUCACGAAUUUGGUAUCGACCUACGCGAUAACUUGGAGACAGGGUAUGAAUACAAAUAA